GCAAUGUCAAAAUAAUUAUGACAUUGAAUACUACUACUGUCUUGUGGGCGAAUGGUGGGGAGAAUAUAUCUGAUGAUUAUUAUCAAAGAUAUGUGUCAUGCAAACACAAUGAUAUGUAUUUGCCACGAAUUCUGACGACUGUGAUGACUGUUGGAAUCAUUCUUGAAAAUACAUUACUGUUGGUUGCGAUUACAGCACAUUGGAAGAAAUUUCACUCAAAUUUAUACAGAUUUGUUGCCUCACUUGUAUGUGCUGAUCUGUUCGUUGGAUUGUCAAAUUUUGUGGUGUUGAUGGUGAAAAUCACAAAUGCCGAACUCGAACUUGUUAGUUUUUUGAAAGGAGCUUCGUAUACUUCUUUUCUUAUGGCAACUUUGAGCUUGACUCUCCUGAAUUUGUCCGUGAAGUCAACAUAUACCAGAUCGUAUGAAACAUUUGUGCAAAUGCAUUCAAAACACAAGUAUAGCAGCAGAUUAAAUUCAAUUUUAUCAGUAUUCAGGAAAAAGUCUCACGUAAGAAAAAUGGUGAUUGGAAUUUGGUUGGUUUUGCCAAUAUUUAUUGCAAUCGCGAUGUUUACAAGAUGUACCGCAGAAGAACAUGAUUGCACUAACGGAUGUGCUACCAUUAUAAUGGAUUCAAAUGGGGAUGAACAAACUCUAUGCAACAGCCAACCGUAUUGUUCCCGUUUUAUGGCCCCUCUUGGAUCUCCAUUUAUACUACUUGUGAAUGGAAUGUCGUGGUUUUGUUUCGUCACCUUAAUUGCUAGUACAAUAUCAGUGGUUUGCGUCAAAGUCGUUUUAACAUCCAGCACACCUGCAAAACAAAUUACAACAAUUUCAACGAACUCAACAAGCGUCGAAGGCGAUACAAAAAGGCCAGUGUCAGAACUUCAAGUUCCUGGAACAAGCAGAAGCUUGAUGUACGAUGAGGGUGACGAUUUGUCAAUUGGUCCAAUGGUUGUUGCUAAGCGUCGAUUUGGAUGCAACAAAGAUUUUGUAUCAAAGUUCUCUCUUGCGGUUACGAGCCUACAGAUGAUAUUUUGGGUUCCGGUAACCGCUCUUACUCUUAGGGGAUAUAUCCUGCAAACGUCAUACACUAAAUAUUAUACACUGGAAAUGAUCAACAACGUUUUCUUCGUACCAAGUCUUUUAAAUCCAUGGAUAUGUAUUUUUACAAUGAGCAAACUGAGAGAUGCUAUCAGAACGGCCUAUAUUGAGCGCAGGUUGAGAAACAAGAUCACAAGGAACCAUUCUGCUACUGGUGAUUAAUACUACUACCAAGAAUUAUUGCAUGCAUGGAAACAAUCUAAAUAAUAAAACAGUUCACAUAUAAAAUUUCUCCUUUUUGUGCCUUGCUAAUGGUGGUUGUACUAUACUGAACAAAAAAUUGAUAAUAUUGGUAUAGCCAUUUUUUGAACUUUUUUGUUAACUCGAACAAAGAAGUAUAGUAUAUUCUGGAGCAAAACCUUUUCAAAGUGCGUGACACAAACGUAUGGCCGAUUUCAGUGAUAUAAAUGAGAUUGUUAUUUAAAUUGUAUAUAUAUGUAUUUGUUCCACAUUCAAUGAUCCGUCCCAUCGGUUAUUGGUCAAAAUGGCUGAAAAAGAAAAUCCCAAUUGAAUUAAUUUUACAUUGAGCUAAUCUGUCACACGCACACUUUCGGCGUUGUUAAGUUGAUUCACCGAUUAUUGAUUCUGCUAGUGAUUUGUGCCGGACUAUCUGGCAAAAUUCAUUCCAAGUUGUUACACUAAGUUGGGGUUUUAAUUCGUGUCAACGCAGAAUUUUUAAUAAAUCUUUUUUAAAAAAUGUUUGAACUUAUUUUAUAUUGAUUGCAUGUGACUAAUCGGGAACUUCAUGAUGAUGAAUGAGCUACAUAAUAGUUCCCAUUAGUGUGAUUAGCUUUUAUGAAAAAGAGAAGAAAUUAAUAAAUAUGAAGCUACUGUCGGAUUUUAAUAGCCAAUCUAAUUAAUAUUCUUCAGCCAUAAAGAACAAUGCAAAUCCGAUUUAAUCCGCAGUGCAUGGGGGUCGAAGGUGAGAAUUUGCGCUGGCAAGAGCCUGCUUUUGUGAUAUUUACACACGGAUAUUUUGACAUCUUUGCUCGAUAGACGCUUAUAAUGCAUGUCUCUGUUUUCGCAGCUUUGCUUUCCAUAUCAUAUGGUUUGGUGUCGUUGCACAAAAUUAAUAAUAGCUUGAAUCCAAAUAUUUUGACUUACGAAUCAGAUCCUUCUUUUACAAAUAUUAUGAUCCUAUGAUACAACAACAAUUUCAAAUUCACCGCCGUAUGUCAACGAUAUAUAAAUUUUACAGGAUAUGUUGUGGCAUCUGAUUCCAUCUACAACAAAAAUUAUGUAAAUCGAGCAUCAUAUUUUCGUCAUUUUCAGUUAAACAAUUUUGAAUUUCGAACUUCAGACCGUCUUCGUGCAAUCAAUUUUUUAAUGUUUGCUUUUCGUUUUGUAUACUUAUAUAAUCAGGGCCCAGAGUGUAAUGAAUAAAUGUUUCUGUUUGAACUAUAAAAAUAUUUUUGUUGUGUAUCUUCAAUGAAAUUUAGAAAUAUAUAUGUUAUAAACAGGACGCUUAUUCGAUUA